AUGGAGGAGUUGCUGUUGUCGAUAGUAAAGGAAGCGACCGGUAGCAAGCUACAGAACCUAAAGCAAGCCGCCCAAAUCGCACACGAGAAACUCUCCCGGCAGCAUGGCAUGCACCGGGAUCCAUCGUACGAGCUGCGGUCGGUUUGCUUCACCGCCCUGCAGAUGGCGCUUGAGACUAAAAGGCCCAAGUUCAUCACCUACGGGUUAAAUGGACUACACCGCAUCAUCCGAGACGAGCGGUUCUUCUUCGGGCUGGAACCGGAAGAUGACUCACUGUGGUUACCAGCUCAGCUGUUGCGUGCAACUGCCAGUCUGUCAACCAUCGCCAACGAGGACACGGUCGUGAACGUACUGCGGCUGGUGCUGGCGAUGGCCUGCUCGCAAACCUGCACCCUGAACGGUCGGCUACUGAUCGAGGUGUUGUCCAAAUGUGGCGAAUGCUGGGAGAACGGUUCACGGGCAGUAAAGGCGGCAUCACUCGCCGCUGGCAGUCAGUGUUUGCGGACGUUCUGCGCUUUUCUGAAAGAUGAGGCUGAGGAGAUCGUACGUCUAGAUCCGACCGGGAUCAUCAGCCUCGGUAUGGCGGCGGCUGUGUACAACGAGGUGAUACCGGUGAUGCAGUGGUUGUGCAGUCGAUUGGUAGAACCUGCAACCGGCAAUCCAAAGGCAGCUGACAGCGCGACGAACAGCUCGUUAUAUCUGAUGGAGUGCAUACUGACGCUGGUUGUUUCCCUACCGUCGGAUGUACACGCUAAUCCACAUUUUACCGCGUUCUUGUGGCAGAAGUUCUGUCCCACGCUUGCGGCCACCAUGGGCUCACCUGGGCGGGUUAAUAAGGACAAGAAGUUCACGUACAGGGACGCAAUACAUCUGAUCGAGAGCGAGAAUCGCGGUUUCUUCACCCGCCCUGGACUGGACGGGCCACAGGCACGAUGUAUCUAUCUGACCAGCAUUCAACUGCUUCGUAUAGCGGGAGCUCAAGGUAGCCUACGACCGAUGUUGGAGGCCCUAUUCCAUCGGAUGCUGCUGUUGCCGGUGCCCAGCAACCGGGCGGAACCUCUUCGAUAUGCACGAGAAAUCUUCAAGUCACCAGAACGUCUGAUCGACCUCGCGAUUAUCCUGUACCCAGACAAGUCACAGAGCAGUAGUGACGAUAUGGCGUUGUUUCGACUGGUGAUUGACGCAAUGGAGGAAUGUGCUGCCGCCUGGCACCAUGGAAGCGCAUCCGUGUAUGGAGCGCUUAGUUCUAGCGUCGAGUGUGUCGUCGCACUGCUCGAAAGUCUGCAGGUGUUGUCAUCCGGUAGCUUCGACGAGUCGCUGCUCGGUGAUCGAAUCGCCGCUACAGUUAAUGAUCGGUAUCCAGUGUUGGCAGAUUCCGACUACACUGGACCACUGACGUACCAGUCGAUGACGCGACUUCCACCACCGUAUCGUGAUGCAGUAGCUGAGCUACGGCAGAGUGGCUUCGAGUCGUCCUCUGAGUCUGAUGCCGAUGGUACCCUCGAUCAGGCAGGCAUUGAUCCGGAGCUAGGAUCGGUUGGAUCAGGUGAUACCGAGGGUCCAGAGGAUGAAACACACUCAUCUGGUGACGACGUAUCCUCGAAGGCUAGCCAGGGUAACUGGCUGUGGUCGCACAUCGAGGAAUCUGCGUCAGGUGGCAGAUCAGAUGGUGACUGCGAUCGGCAACAUGCGCGUGAGUUCGCCUCCGUACUGGCCGCAGAACUUGUACCGUCUCUGUUGCGGCUCAAGACGUCGAUUGAGAUUGACGAAGCGGUGCAGGAGUUCGCCUCGAGGGUUUGCCAGCGAAACAGCACCACCAGAGGUGAUGGCGACUAUGGCGCACUAACCGCACUUAAUGCGGACGGUAUAUACCUGGCCACCUACUCCGCACUGCUGCUAGCACUACAGCUCGUGAGUGGUGGACACUACGAGGAAGACGAUGGAGGCGGUGAAGGUGACAUCCCGAAACCGGUCGCGAUUCCACUCACAGAGCAGCAGUUCGUCACGUCGGUGCAAAACUCUGGUAUACUGGUGUACCUAUCGGCGGCGUGGCUUCGUGAGCUCUACCAGUGUAUCCUUGCGACGAACCCACUGCAAGCGAUGGGCACCACCUGCCGUUCUGGUGACUCGUCAGCUAGCCACUGUGCUCUUCUGGAUAUGCUGCAUGAUGCCGGAGGUACCGGUCCAACUCAGAUGCUCUCCGACUGGCAGAGGUUACAGUCGGUUGUGCGAGUCCACAGUGAGCCGACGGUUAAACAGCGAGCUGCACGCAAGAUCGCUCGCCGUCUGCUAACCUGCUGCUGGGAUUCGAUGGUGGCGGUGUUAACGGCUGGGUUAGGCGAGGCAGGUGGUUCACCUACGACCCGGUUGGUGAAGUUGUCGAAGAAGACCCUGCGAGUGCGCAAGGAACACCGGGGUUCGGGUGAAACGCUGUACGCCCUCAGCCUGGAUGGGUUACACGCUGCCGCAACACUGAGUAAUGCGCUUAGUCUGCAACACCUGGCCGGUAAGAUAAUCAACCUGAUCGCGUCGAAUGUGUGUCAAAAUGCGGGACCUAAGAUACCGGCCAGUCACGCGCUCUCGAUGGAUGUGGUGUUGUCGGGAGGGCUUGAGUUGGGCUCGCACAGUGCGGACUGCUGGUUGCCGGUGUUCUCCGUUUGUCGGCAUGUCACUCAGCUCGAGCAUGAUCUGUUUAGCUCACAGAAUAGUGCUGCCAGUGUGAGCAGUGCCUCUGGGGUGGGACAGUGUAAGGAUGCGUCGGAUCAAUCUGGUAAGAAUGAUGCCCAAUCGGAUCGAUUGCAUCUCUCGCCGUACUCCGUCGACGAGGAUGAGACCUGUGUGGACGUGUACAGCUUCCUCCAAGCACCGAACACGAACGCCAAUAUUAACGUCAUCACCAUCCUGAAGGCGUACUCCGGUAAUGAUGCGAUCAAUCUCACCCAGACAGACACCGCCAAGAUGCUGUGCGCUUUGUCCCAUCAGGCUGAUGUGCUGUUCUCGGAGGCGGCUGAACGGUUGAGCUUACCGUCGCUGCAGCAGUUCCUCAAGAGUCUGUGCCGGGCGUCACGGGAGCAACUCUAUCGGAGUGCGUCCCUAAAGAAGGGCAAAAAGUCGUGGUGGUUAGGUCGCCCGUGGAAGAUGAAGAACGACUCGCUGCCACUGUCGCUACUGCUGCAUCGGGUCGGUGACGUAACGUUGAAGGUUUUCCGAGGUCCACGUCCACUAUUGCACGUGCUGAAGGUGUGGGCGAUCACCGGACCGCACCUGAUGGAUGCCGCCUGUCACAAAGAUCGUAGCAUCUCGAAGCGAGCAAUCGAGUACAUCCACGAUAUCAUUACGGCGCUGUUGGUGGAACAAACCGAGCUACCGCACUUCCACUUUAACGAGGCGCUGUUGAAACCAUUCGAGAACCUGCUGAGCAUGGACUCCUGCGACAUUGACGUGCAGGACCAGAUAGUUGCCUGUCUGUACGAGAUCGUUGAAGCACACCGAACCGAAAUACGGUCAGGAUGGCGACCUCUGUUCGGUACGCUACGCACCGCCCGUAACCGGCCCGUACACCUGUCGAACAUCAUCGACAUCUUCCGGGUGUUCCUAGAAACCGACAACAUGCUGGUGUUCGCCAAUGCCGGUCUCGAUUGUAUUCUCUGUCUACUCUCGUACCUGGAGAUCUCUGGUAGUGGUCCGUCGACGUCCGACCACGGGUACACCGGUACCGGUGAGGACACCACCCCGGCGAUGCGUUCCGGUGACUUCCUGUACGAUGCACUCAAGUUCCUCGAGCGCUGCGCGUCCAUCCUCGACUUCAUGUACAACAUGCCGCAGUGCCCGAACCUGCACUCGACGUACAAAAUCAAGGGCAUCACUUACACGCACAUAAUUGACGCCAACAUACCGAACUCGAUGGAGAAUUUCACGUUCUUCGGACAGGACUAUCUGCAGAGCACGAACGAGCAGUGCAUGAUCAGCUACCGCUCGCUGCACAUCGACAAGGAGUCGAUCCGGAAGAUCGACGAGCUGGACCGGCCGAGUGGUGUGCUGAAGGUUUGGUUCCUGCUGCUGGACGGACUCACCAACUCGCUGAUCGUGUGCCCUAUUGCACACCAGUCGCCGAUACUGCAGUCGAUCUUUAAGCUGUUCAAAUCGCUCAUGACCAGCCCGGGUGUAGAGUUCGGGUUCUACUGCAUCAACCAUCUGUUGAUACCGAUGAUCCAGGACUGGUUGCGGUACGUGAACAAGGCGCAAAAGAAUUGGGUGCUGAUCGAGAAGAACUUUAAGCACUGCUGCUGCAUGACCACCGACCUGGUGGUUGAUUUCUUGGCCAAGUCUCAGGCACUGGAAACGCUUGGUGACCGUGUGGUGAUCGGUGGCGAGUCGCUGCUGGGUUCCAAGGUGCCACCUCCAUCAGCAGCCCGAGCUGGACACCUGCGGGCAUCGACCGGUGGUAGUAAGUACCAUCGGCACGCGAAACCACACGAAGACGAAGAUCUGCCAUCUAAAGGUGCGAUGGGUUCGGCUCGACUGCCCAGCUCGGCAAUUCUGGCGCUAAAACAACUCCUGCUGGUGUUGAUCGAGUGCUCAGCCCAGUCACAGGAAACAAUUGCACGAGCUGGUGUGUCCUGCAUGAAGCACGUCAUCUUCUCCGCUGGUUACCUAUUCGACGAGGAACAGUGGGUGAUCAUCGCAUCCGCUAUCCACCGUGCGAGCAUGGUAUCGAUGGCACCGUUGAAGCAGCUUAUCUUCGCGUUCAACCGCAACUCGAACAGCUUUUACGGCGACUGCGCCAACGUGAAGGUGGCUGCACGGCGUGACAGUACACCGGAUGAGCUGCAGCGCAUCCACUCGCUUGCUCAGCAGGUGUUCCUGAUGGAUAGCCAGCGGGAUGCGCUUGGGGGUCGCACAGUGGCGACACCACAGGAAGACAGGUCGUACUCGUUCCUGCUGUAUCCUCUCCCGCCAUCGUACGGGUUGGCUGUGGACUGCUAUAUCAUACGCAUCCCGUACCGUAACCUCAUCGUCGGCAUGCUAGCAAGCCAGAUGCUGCUGCAGCUGAUAGCGAACAUCCUGUUGAGUGGUCUCUCGAACGUGCCGAGUGAGCUGAACACCUGCUUCUACACCAGCGGUGCGGAGACUUCGGGUGCGAGUGGCUCGACUAGUUCAACCCCUAACGGUGGCUCGAAGGCCCUCUUCUACUUGGGUCAGAACAGCAAGGAGAUACUACUGCGGGCACUGCGCCAGUUCCUGAUCGGUGCGGUUGAGUUCGACACCCGGCCUGGUUUGAAGUUCCUGAUACAGAAGGUGUCCGGGAUCGACUAUGCCGCCAAUCUUUACAAACAGAUGAAUUCCUCCUGGAUCAUCCACUACAUGGCGCUGGUCGAUAUGUACUUGAACAACGUGCGCAUCCACAGCCUAACGGCGGAAGACGUCCGGUAUCUACUGAGCUCGUGCUGCGAUCAGUACUCCACGAGUCUGCAGACGGCGAAAGGCGAUGAAAAGUGCGUACACUACUUGCUGGCCCUGCGCGACCUGUGGGAACUGAUCGCGGACCAUUUCAUACAGCACCUGGAGAACGACUGCGAGAGUAACUACGCGCGUAAGGGCUACAGGCAGUCAGAUCCGAGCGAGGACGUGGGUUCGCUUGCUGAAAAUCUCGAGUGUCCUGAGACGGGCAGUAUCGUAUGUUACGCGGAGCAAACGAGCGAAGAAUGCAACCAGAUGCAGGUGGGACUGAAGCAGAGUGAUCAUGGAAAACAAUCGACCGGUGGUCUCAGGAAGGCUGGAUGCUGUGACACUGACAUCAGAGAUGCCAAAGGCCAGCAGCACUAUGCUCAGCAAUCGCUCAAUGGUGCGUCGCCUCAGGAGCAGCUGAAAGAGCUCGAAUCGCUGUACCAGCACCAACAGAGCAAGUACGAGGAGCACCACAAUCAACAGCAACCGGAACAGGCGGAUCAACCAGUCAAGGGCACGCCAAGGGCAGAUCUAACGAAGCCCGCCGGCUCGCCGGAACGAGAUCGCCAGAAGCAGACGGUUCCACCCGAGAUCGAGCAGCAACGAGCGCUCAGCAUCCAAAAGGACGUAUCGUAUAAAACAUCUGCCUUAAGACAGCUAAUUGUUGCUUCUAUUGAGUUGAUCAAACUAUUGCCUAGCGAGCAGUCGGAAUUUUUGCAGCUUUUGCUCACACCCCGGAUUCGGGAAGCUUUUCAUUUCGUGGAGGAAAAGAAUCCUUUCCUAUCGUUGGACGCGCAACAUUGAUUGCCGCGUGGUCGGCGGUUUAAAAACGGCCAAAACCACGCUCUAAAUUAGCGGCUUCAACACAAACAGAAAAGAGCAAACUGAACUACAUUAUAUCUGCGACAUAUUGUGUAUAUACAAAUCAUAUUAUUGUAUGAA